AUGCCGGUAGCUUCAAUGGCUCUAACGCCAUAUAGUAACUACCUUGCUCCAGAACAGAUGGAAAUGGAAGAGAAUGAAAAAAAAAGUGAUGAGUCUAACAAAUCAACGCGUCCAAUUCGUCAAAACUUUGACAUCGCCACAGGGUCUAGGAUGAUGAGUUGGUUGUGUUGGUUGGUUGAUCUACAGUCUUUUCAAAAGAUCGCGACAUCCUCACGUUAUCACGAAUAUAUCAUACCUACCUUUCUCGAUUUCGCUUCAUCGGUUCCAUCUUGUAGCAAAAUAUCAAGUUUCGCAAAAAUGCUUCAGACCCUCGUAAUUGUUCUCAUCUGCAUCGUGGCCGUCAUUGUUAUGAUCGGUCUAGCCGCAUUGAUCAACACGGGAACGAAGAAGACGGGACCCAACAUUCCUGUCUAA